AUGCCCCCUCCAAUGCAACUUGAUGACCCAGGUUCUCCAACCAGCAACCGAGACCCGUCACUGCAUAUGACAAUAUCUACUUUAUCUCUCACGGAACGCAAACCCGAUGAUGGGCAUGCAAUCCCAGCUCAAAGACCGCCUCCGCUUCCCCCCAGAAAAGAUGCGAGCUCUUCGACCUUAUCACUUGGCCCAUCAGGGACCCCUCAAGAUGGAAGAAGAAAAUUAUUACUAAUCUAUAUCCACGGCUUCAUGGGUGCCGAAGAUAGCUUUCGAACAUUUCCAGCUCACGUGCACAAUCUGGCCGCCGACGCUUUGGCAGAUUCGCACGUAGUAUAUUCCAAGAUAUAUCCGCGAUAUAAAUCGCGGCGGGCAAUGAGCGCUGCUCGAGAUGAAUUUAGUGAAUGGCUCAUACCGCACGAGUCAGAUCAGACUGAUAUUAUCUUGUUGGGACACAGUUUGGGUGGGAUCCUAGCCGCAGAGGUAGCACUUGCUGAGACUGAAGAUGCAAGCAGUCCCAUAAGGCAUAGACAUCGUAUGCUCGGGACGAUAAACUUUGAUGUACCCUUCCUUGGUAUGCAUCCGAGUGUUGUGGGUACCGGGCUCUCCAGUCUGUUUCACCCAAGGCGUGUAGAAGACUCGUCUCAGGAAGAUCUCAAUCAAACAACAUCUCUGCAGACACCAGAAACUCUGUCAAGUGAUCAAAGCUCUCAAUACUCGACAGAGUCAACCGCAUCUUCGUGGUACGAGCAAAAACCCGACCCAAAUUUUGAUCCCCCAUUUGUGAAUGAUGUCCAUCGAGUGAAACGUAAUCAGUUAGAUGGUGCUCUGAACUUCCUCAAGAAGAACUCGGGCAAUCUGAGAACGGCGGUCAAAGAGUAUGCAAACUCUUACUUCGAAUUCGGAGGCUGUCUCGCCGAUUAUUCGGGACUUCGUAGACGAUAUGCAUCGUUGAAAGAGUUGGAUGGCAUCGACGAUUUAGAACCGAAGGCAGAUAAGCAUGGUCGAUUGCAGCGACGACUCAGGUUCGUGAACUAUUAUACAGCAAGUCCAGGGUUCCCAAAGAAGUCACCGUCGGCAAGUAUUGAAAGCAAGGGCCUGAUGGACAAAUCACCGCCAAGCCAAACAUUGGCCAUGGAAUCAGUUGAAAAUUUGACCAAACUUCCUAGUCCCAUCAUAUCCACCGAGCGUGUUGACGAUUCAAGCGAUGAGUAUUUGACGGAAGUUGAGCCAUCACCCAUGGAGCAAUCUCCUUCACCAAGACAAUCGUUUGAUGCUGUAUCCGAGCAGUCAGCGGCAAUUGAAGACAAUAAGAUCGAUGAAGUUGAGAAGGACUACACUAUCAUGCUCAAAUCCCUGCCGCCCUUACCAAUGAUUCCCCCCAAACCACAGGCCCUUGAUCCAUCUAAAUUUUACAACAAAGAUAUACUCAAGCAGGCACAGAAAGAACAUGCACGUCUAGUCAAGCUCCAUAGGAAAGCUCAAAAAGAGCACCACUUAACACUCAAAGAGCGUGAGAAACUUGCACAAAAAUGGAGCAAGAAGGGAAAGAAAUCCGAAUCGAUUUCUCUACGAUCAGAAAGCAGAGGGGACCUCGACAACAGCAUCAUCAUUCCAGAUGACAACCACGAUGACGUACAAGAUAGACACCCAGCUCCAACCUCCGCAUCCACCGAAGAAGUAAGCACAUCAUCAUCACCACCACAAUUAGAUACAACCGAAAUCGAAACCGAGAUCAACACCAUUUCACCACCCUACAUACAAGAGCCACGCCGAUCCUCAUCGCCCGCAACACCAACAUCCACAAAACCACCCAAAGAUCGUGUCUUUUGUGCAUUGCCACCCCACACCACUAAAAGCUCUAUCGAUCCGCUAUGGGUACGCAUUUUCAUGCCCGAUGUUGACGAGGUCAUCGCUCAUCAAUCAAUUUUCUUACCGAAUGGGUUGUACUAUGAGUGGUUGGUGAAUGACACAGCGGCUAGGAUUGAGAAAUGGGUUCAAGAUGAUUGUACUCGGAGAGCAAUUUGGGAACAGUUUGGGGAGAUAUUGUGA